GAAUAAAAUAAGUAAAAGUAGACAUAAAAGUUUUAUAAUGGCGAACACUUUAUGUCGCCCGUUACUGCAAACUGUUACAAUCCAUUCAGCAACAUUCAGAUUUGCUCGGCAUUAUGGUAGGUGGAUGCACAGAAAUCCUGCAAAAGUAAUAUUACCGUUUGAACCAAAAGAUAAUAUUCAAUUGCGAAAAGAAAAAGUCAUUGAGUUGGACUUAAAUGAUUUUAAAAAGACAACCAAGAAAGAAACAUCCCAAAAAAAUAAUGAGACCUUGGAAGAACCAUUACACACAAAAAUAAAUUUUAAAGAAGUUAAAGAUAAAAAAGAAACGGUAUUUAAAAAGAGGUUGUUUUAUCUAAGCCAGAAAAAAGUAUUUGAUGAUAACAAUGAAAUAAUAUAUGAAAAGUUAAAGGAUAAUGAUACUAAGAUAAGCUCACUUUUUGUAAAAUUGAAGUCAAAAAAGGAAAGGCUACGCAGUAACCAAAUAAUGGUAGAAGGUUGGCGUAUGAUAGUUGAUGGGUUGGAAGCCAAAUGUAACUUACAGUACAUAUUAUUCAGUCGCAAAGAAGAUUUAAAUAAUAUAAGGCCAUUUAUGCCAAAAACAGGCAUACAAAUAUAUAAAAUACCAUAUAAGGAAAUGGAAUUAUGGUCAGAUGUUGAAACAUGUCCCGGUAUUGUGGGUGUAUUUGAAAUGCCAUCACCAGAUAAAAUAAAGAGAUUUUCAAAACCACUGCCUCUUCAGUUUCUGUGUGAUAAUAUAAGAGUACCAGGUAACCUGGGUGCUAUACUUCGAGCAGCUGUUGGUGUUGGUUGUGAGAAAGUUUUAGUAAGCAAGGGUUGUGUUGAUGUCUGGGAUUCAAAAGUAAUGAGGAGUGCUGCAGGAGCUCAUUUCAGACUUCCUAUAUAUCCUUCAAUAGAAUGGGAAGAAAUGCCACAACAUUUACCCUCUGACACUUCACUUUUUAUUGCUGAUAGCAACACUGACUUUGCUGAAAACAAAACAGAAGAAGUCAGCAAAGCUGGCUCUGAAAUACCUGUGUUGCCAUAUUAUGGAGUUGAUUUUUCUGCUUUAAAUCAUGUAACUCUCAUCAUAGGCGGAGAGACUGAAAGUAUUAGUGAAAUGAGCUAUAGAUUAGGAGUAAGUAACAAUGGCUCAAGAUUGCAUAUACCUCUUCACAAAGGUGUGGACAGUUUGAACACGGGUAUGGCCGCUGCGGUCAUUGCAUUUGAAAUACGAAAACAACUUACGCAAGCUGCUGCAAAAGCCAAGCUGGAAAGACAAGCAAUGAAAACUUAGAUAUUUAUACUAUUAAAUAAAAUUUUU